UUCAAUAACAAUAUAGAGGUCGGUUUUGGGAGGAGCGUUCGUUAUUUCUGAAAUAUUGUAAGUAGCUUAUUGAGCGUUUAUGAGAUGAAAAUACAUUGGGCACUGUUCGGGAAAUGUAUUGUGUUCCAUUGUAAAUGGUUUUGAAUAUGUCAAUUUAACGCCUUAAUAUUGCCCUUGGUGGCUAGCAUUGGUCAACUAGCUAACGUUAGCAAGCUUCUUCAACGUCUGCGAGACUGGAGCUUGCUGCUGAUGACAAGAAAGGGCACCCUGGCCUGACACAACAAUCUGACUGUCUAGGGACUUCAAUUUGAAUUUGUUGCAACCAUGAAGUUCACGCAAUUUUUGCUAAGGAACAGCUCCUUACCCAAACAAGCACUAGUGGAUCGGUUUUCCAAGUUCUCACCUUCGCCGCUGUCAAUGAAACAAUUCAUAGACUUUGGCUCGGCCAAUGCCUGUGAGAAGACGUCCUUUGUGUUCCUUCGUCAGGAGCUUCCUGUCCGGCUGGCCAACAUCAUGAAGGAGAUUGACUUCCUCCCUGACAAGCUUCUCAGCACCCCCUCACUACAGUUACUACAGAGCUGGUAUGCAACAAGUCUGAUGGAGCUAGUGGGCUUCCUGGAGAAAGAGCCCGAUGAUAAAAAGAUCCUGAAGAAGUUCACUGAGACCCUGGUGAACAUCAGGAACCGCCACAACAACGUGGUUCCCACCAUGGCACAGGGAGUGGUAGAGUACAAGGAUGCCUUUGGCUCCGACCCUGUGACCAAUCAGAACGUCCAGUACUUCUUGGAUCGCUUCUACAUGAGCCGCAUCUCCACGCGCAUGAUCAUGAACCAGCACUCUCUCAUCUUUGAUGGAAGCGCCAACCCCGCCCAUCCCAAGCACAUUGGCACCAUCGACCCUGACUGCGAUGUGACGGAGGUGGUAAAAGGCCGGCUCUGGCCCAACCCAUCAGUUUCUGUGACCAAUCAGAACGGUUUGAAGUUGAAGUUGCAGAGGAGGGAGGCAAAUCCAGACUCCUCUUGGAGAGGAAAACAUGCCUUUGAUAGCUCCAAGAUGCUCUGUGAACAGUACUACCUGACCUCGCCAGAGAUUGACAUCACACAAGUCAACGCCAAAGGUCCUGACCAGCCUCUUCGUAUUGUCUAUGUUCCUUCCCAUCUCUACCACAUGCUGUUUGAGCUCUUCAAGAACGCCAUGAGAGCAACAGUGGAGACUCAUGAAAUGGCCCUGCAUCUCCCACCGGUCAAAGUCCGAGUCUCACUGGGCAGUGAGGACCUAACAAUCAAGAUAUCAGAUCGAGGAGGCGGAGUUCCCCUGAGGAAGAUAGAGCGUUUGUUCAGUUACAUGUACUCCACCGCCCCCAGCCCCGUCGAUAUUGACAACAGCCGCAAUGCACCACUGGCUGGUUUUGGCUACGGUCUUCCCAUCUCCCGUCUCUAUGCCAAGUACUUCCAGGGAGACCUGCAGCUCUACUCCAUGGAGGGAUAUGGGACGUCAGCUGUCAUCUACCUGAAGGCCUUGUCCUCAGAGUCUGUGGAAAGACUUCCUGUUUACAACCAGUCAGCCAUAAGGCGUUACCAGACGAGCAAUGAGGCAGAUGACUGGUGCAUGCCCAGCAAGGAUCCCAAGAAGCUGGGAUAAGAGGAGAAGUUAACCAAACAGACAGAGAGAGAGAGCACAGAUAAUAUGAAGAACGGAGGAGCAGGAGGAAAGAAAGAAGAGGAUGACUGAAAGGAGGAAUGGAAUGAUUCAUAAUCAGAAACUAACAGAAGGUACCCAAUUGUACCGUGUGUGUGUGUGUAAUAUCUGGAUUCUUCACAAUGGAGAUUCUCAUCCAGCACUUGAAGUGGAAAAACACAUUCAUGUUGGAGGCGUUUCAAUGGCAAUACCAGGAUCUCUAUUCAAUACCAGGAUCUCUAUUCAAUACCAGGAUCUCUAUUCAAUACCAGGAUCUCUAUUCAAUACCAGGAGCUCUAUUCAAUACCAGGAGCUCUAUUCAAUACCAGGAGCUCUAUUCAAUACCAGGAGCUCUAUUCAAUACCAGGAGCUCUAUUCAAUACCAGGAGCUCUAUUCAAUACCAGGAGCUCUAUUCAAUACCAGGAGCUCUAUUCAAUACCAGGAGCUCUAUUCAAUACCAGGAGCUCUAUUCAAUACCAGGAUCUCUAUUCAAUACCAGGAUCUCUAUUCAAUACCAGGAUCUCUAUUCAAUACCAGGAUCUCUAUUCAAUACCAGGAUCUCUAUUCAAUAAGUGACUUUGUGAAUGUUACAGUCAGAAACAGGAUCAUAAACUACUCACAAUCACAUCUCACCUUUUGGUUUCAUUUAGCCACACGUUUCAGGUGUUCAUUUCACUGACUUAUUUUAACAUUAUGACACCGAAGCAGUGUAAAAAACUAGCAUUUUGCUUAAAAGGUGCAUUUUAGUUUGUAACUGAUCAUUUAAUUUAUUAAACGCCUGAAUUUGGUUAUACAGUGAUAUAAGCCGCACUAUCACAGUAGUACUGUCUGUGAUACUACGUUUUAGAUUGUGUAUCUAGUUUUUUCUAAACUCUUCACUCACAGCUACAGUAUGCAGCUAGGACACUGAGCUCCAUGGACGCAGAUAGAUAUAGUGUGUCAGUCAGAAACAUGUCAAGGCCAUGCUGUCAGUCGAUGGGUUUUCUCUGGUUACCCUUCUACUACAGGAUGUUCUAUGGGUACAUAGUGGUCAACAAAUGUUAUUUUCAGCAUACUAUGUAGACUCCAUAUAGUUUCAACUCUGAGCAUUUCACCUUUUUGUUUUUUACUGCUUACAAAUAUUCGUCAAUCUCGGAAGUUCAGACAGACGUUUAUCUCCACUGUUUUUUGGGACCUAAAGGGAAUUUAGUAGAAUCAACUGUAAAUCUUGGUGACUCAUUUUUUUUGUUCCAUCCUCACUUGUUGAAUAAGACAAGAGCUCAAACAAAGGUCAUUCAUUCAAGGUUUCCUAUGAAGACAGAACAUAGAUAUUGAAGACAUUGAGGUAUCUAGUACAUUUACUCUAAACCAAGUCCAACUGAGUUUAAGUAUAAGUUAUGUGAAUAUUGAGAUACAUUUUCUAUCAUACUGUUAUGAUCAUUUUAAAUGACUAAAACGAUUGCAUUUUAGAGGCCGGCUAGGUCUUUUAUACAUGAACUAUUUAUUGAAUAACGUUGUGUUCCAGAGAGCAAAAUGGGAGUAUUAUCACAUUUCUGUGAUUUGCGACACGGUAAGACUGAGUUGAAUCAAAUGUUUGACUGGUGCCCAGUGUGAGUUUUCUUUGAUGUGUCAACUGGGGCAGUCAUUACAAAAUGGAUUUAUUUCAUUUCCUGGUAUACACUAAAUAGUCACUAUUAUUACACUCCUUAGCAAUAAGAAAUCACAUAAAAGACUAUGUACACUUACUAACAUUUAAUCCAAUAACAGCUAAGUAUUUGUAACUAGUCAAUAUUUGUAUGUGCAUUGAAACAAAACAAAAAUUGUUUGAGAAUAACACUGAAGUGCCAACUUUUAUUUCUUUCUUUCUGGUUUUUAACAUGUAUGGUUUUAAAUCACACGAUCUCAGGAUGUUGAAGGCAUUUCAUAUUUUUCAAAGUAUCAUCGUAAGUGCUGUGAUGUCAUAUUAAACCGACCUGGGAGGAGCUAUCUAUCAAUGGAAGUUGCUGAUUGGACCUCACACUGUGGGCGGAGUCCUAAUUUGAGAUUAUUGCACAUAAUUUAUUAUUGUUGCCGUUAAUAGAUGAUUUACCAAUAUACAUUAUUUGGGUUAUGGGCAGCCAUCUAAUGUCAGGAUUUCAGUCUAAUUGAAUUCUAACUGAAUAACAAUAGUGGUUAUCUGCUUAUUUUAAGCAUCUUUAGGUUGUUCAAUAAAAUGCAGCUCUUUAUGUAGUUCUCACUCUGCCAUUUGCCCCUCUGCCAGUGCCAAACAAAACAGUGUCUUCAGAAAGUAAUCAUACCCCUUGACGUAUUCCACAUUUUGUUGUGUUACAGCCUGAAUUCAAAAUGGAUUAAAUAAAUAAAACGUCUCUCCCAUCUACACACAAUACCCCAUGAUAACAGUGAAAACAUGUUUGUAGAAAGUUUAGCAAAUGUAUUUAAAAUGAAAUACAGAAAAAUCUAAUUUACAUGGGUAUUCACACCCCUGUUUCAUUACAUUGUAGAAGCACAUUUGGCGGCGAUUUCAGCUUUGAGUCGUCUUGGGUAUGUCUGUAAAGAUUUUCAAUAGGAUUCAAGUCUGGGCUUUGGCUGGCCCACUCACGGACUUUCACAUUCCUGUUCUGAAGCCAUUGCAUCGUUGCUUUGGCUGUAUGCUUGGGGUCAUUGUCCUGUUGGUACAUAAAUCUUCGCCCCAGUCUGUUAUUUGCACUCUGAAGCAGGUUCUCAGUGAUUUGCCUGUAUUUGGCUCCAUUCAUUGUUCCCUGUAUAUUCCUAAGUCUCCCAGUCCCUGCCACUGAAAAGCAUCCCCCAUAGCAUGAUGCUGCCACCACCAUGCUUCCCAAUAGGGAUGGUUUUCUUUUACACAUAGCACUUUGCAUUCAGGCCAAAUAAUCAAUGUGUCUCAUCAGACCACAUCAUCCUUCAGCCUUAUGAUCUGUCUUUCACGUGCGGUCAAAUGCCUUUUUCUCAGGAGUGGCUUCCGUCUGGCCACUCUCCCAUAAAGCCCAGCUUGGUGAAGUGCUGUAGAGACUGCUGUCCUGGUGGCAGGGUCUCCCAUCACAGCCAUUGAACUCUGUAGUGCUGUUUGACCAAGGUCCUUCUUGCCCAGUUGAUCAGUUUGGUCAGCUCUAGUCUGGGUAGUUCCAUAUUUUUUCCAUUUGCCAAUGAUGGAGAACACUGUGCUCUUGGAAACUUUCAACACUCUAGAAAUAGUUGUAUACCUUUCACCAGAUAUGCAGUGAGCUUUUUGUUGUUGUUUUGGCUCUGUGCAGACUGUCAGGUUUAAUUUAAAGGUAUUUUGAUCUACAUAUGGUGAACCAUUUAGAAAUUACAGCACUUUUUGUACAUAGUCCGCCCCAUUUUAGGGGACUAAAAGUAUUGGGACAAGUUCACUUAUGUGUAUUAAAUAGUCAAAAGUGAAGUAUUUAGUCCCAUAUUUAUAGCACGCAAUGACUACAUCAAGCUCUACAAACUGGCUGGAUGCAUUUGCUAUUAUUUUAGUUGUUUGGUUAUCUUGUGCCCAUUGGAAAAUAAUGGUAAAUGUAUUGUGUCAUUUUGGAGUCACUUUUAUUUUAAAUAAGAAUAGAAUAUGUUUCUAAACAUCCUAACAUGUUUUACCUUCCCUGAUAUUGUAAUGGUGAGAGGUUAGCAUGUGUUGGGGGUAUGAUAUUUGUGCAUGCUAGGAAUAUGGGACCAAAUACUAAACUUUUGACUAUUUAAUACACAAGUGAAUUUGUCCCAAUACUUUUGGUCCACUAAAAUUGGGGGACUAUGUACAAAAAGUGGUGUAAUAUCUAAACUGUUCACCCUAUAUGGAUGAAAAUACCCUCAAAUUACAGUCUGCACUUUAACCUCAUAAGCAUCGUAUCAUUUCAAAUCCAAAGUGCUGGAGUACAGAGCCAAAACCACAAAUAUUUCAUUAUCCCAAUACUUUUGGAGCUUACUGUAUGCCUAAAAACAAUCUCAGCGAUCGUACAGUUCCUUAGACUUCAUGGUAUAGUUAAUGCUCUGACAUGCCCUGUCAACUGUGGGACCUUAUAUAGACAGGAGUGUUUCUUUCUAAAUCAUGUCCAAACAAUUGAAUAGGCCACAGGUGGACUCCAAUCAAGUUGUAGUGAAAUCUCAAGGAUGAUGGAAGGACAUUUGGAUGCACCUGAGCUCAAUCUGGAGUGUCAUAGCAAAGGGGUGUGAAUACAUAUGUAAAUUUGAUAUUUCUAUAUUUCAUUUUCAAUAAAUUUGCAAAAAUGUAUUAAAACAACAUGUUUUCACUUCGUCAUUAUGGGGUAUUGUGUGUAGAUGAGUGAGAAAAAAAUAUUUGGAUUAAUUUUGAAUUCAGCCUGUAACAACAAAAUGUGGAAUAAGUCAAGGGGUAUGAAUACUUCUGAAUGUGCUGUAUGUGCCUGCAGUGCUUCCAUUUAGCAGCCUUUGCAAGUGCUUCAGUCAGAAUCGUUGUUACCAUAAUCACGUUCUAUCUACUAACUACAGUAUUGAUUCACUCUUGUAUACGUUUGUUUUUUAGAUUUGUUUGUUUUUCAUUAAAAAAGGACCUGAUUUUUAAGGGUUGAUGAUCAAUAUUUUCCCUCAUCGCUAUUAUUUGAUCAUAUCAUGUUGUCAAGGCGGAUUUGUUACAAACUGAAUCAGAGGGGGAGGUUCUGACAGUACAGUCAAGUUUACCAGUCAAAUGGACAUGUGGAUAACUGAUAAGAUCUACCAACUGUCACAACUGCCAUCCCUGAACACAGCAUAAUAAAAUGCAUUUAAAACA